UGCUCGAGGAUAAGAGGCUACGAAAGAAUUGAAGAGCUAACGGAGAAGAUGAGGUUAAAAUUAUCUUAUGUACUCGCUUGCAAAAAAAAUAUCACACAAGACUUAGAAGAUUUUUAUUAAUAAUAAUCUUUGUUCCAGAAGAUUUUUAGUAAACUCUAUCCAUUUCUUCCAUCUGGUUUGGCCAUUUCAAUGUGCCUGAUAGGGUGAACGCGUUUUGGCUAAUCCACAUGCCACUUCAUAAAAUUGGCUUCAUUCACUUAUUUUAACUAGUGCAAUCUAAAAGUCAGGUAAGAGCUGAAAAACCAGUUUUGCAGAUAGGAAUUUUUUGACUUGUACGAUAUUUUAAAAAUUGGUGUGGAUGGUGUAAACAAUUGCAAUUGAGCUUUGGGUGUAUUGGAGUUCCAUAUUUUUUGUGAGGGAAUGGCAUUAGUCCCUGUUGGGCCAGCAGGGCUAUUAGAGUCCUUACACAGUUCCAGGUCUCUUCAUUCCCACGUUUUUGUCCUACCAACUUCCUUGCUAUCCAGAAAAUACAAGAGAUUUCAGUGUUUUUGUUCCCAAGAUGCCCUCAAUUCGGAAAAUUCAGAGUACCCAAAGAGCCAAAAGCAUGAGCAGAGGAUACUACAUUCAAGAUUGAAAGAAAAGUAUCAACGGGAUUGGUCUGUCAGGCCUAGUGUUAAGAGACAUAAAUUCCCAUGGGAAGAAAAGCAAGAACGAAUAGAGAAAGAAAGAGAGAGAACGCAAAGAGAGUCCCCUGUUGCACUGGUUCACACGGGUAAAGAAGGAUUCAAGCGUUCUGUACCUAUAGCUCCUUGGAUGAGCAUCCGGAACAAGAAGGACAUUCCGGGACAAUCGGGCAAUGAUGAUGAUCAUGACGGCAACCCAAAUGCUGUUGCUGAGCAAUACAAUACAGUGCAGAAAUUGGAAGGGCCAAGUGAGAAGACUGCAAUGGAGCGAAUUGUGGCCAAGCUGAGGAAAUUCAAUUAUCCCGACGAGGACACAAAACCAGAACCCGAGCGCAAUUUAAUUGAAGAGUUGUUUCCUGUAGAGGAUGAGCCUGGAGCUCCCAUUCCUAAUAUGAAUGGUGCAUAUGAUCGUGAUGAGAGCUGGAGUGCUCCCAUUAAGGAUAGUCCAUCUAAAUUUCCAUGGGACGGGAAGGAAGAUAACUCACAAGAGGCAGAUAAUGACAGGGAAGAGAGAAGAGGCAGAGUAACACCUUCAUUGGCAGAGCUGACUAUUCCCGAGCCAGAACUCAAUAGGUUGAGAGGUCAGGGAAUACGACUGAAAGAAAGAAUCAAACUGGGGGGUGCUGGUGUUACUCGUGACAUUGUUGAAAAAGUACAUGAAAAAUGGAGAACGUCGGAGAUAGUCAAAUUCAAAUGUGAAGGUUCAUCAGCACUGAAUAUGAAGAGGACUCAUGAAAUUUUGGAGAGGCGAACCAGAGGACUGGUUAUUUGGAGGUCUGGAGGUUCUAUUGUUCUAUACAGAGGAAUGACCUAUGAAUCACCAUCUCUAAAAGUUGUGAAGCGUCAAUCUGAAAACAAUUUAGGGGUUGCUGUGCAGAAUGAAGCAUACAUGCCAGCUGCAGCUGAAGGUAUUGUUAAAAACAAGCCAAUAAAUGGUAAAGAUGGAAGAGGUGUGAUUUUUGCAUCAGGUAGAGAUAUGACAGAUCAUAUGGUCAAGAAUGAUCUGUUAUCUACUCAUCUUGGUACAGAAAUGCCUGAGGAGAAUGGUCCCAAGCAGCAACCAAGCGAACUGGACUAUCAAAGUGAAAUGGAUAAAAUAUUGGAUGAACUGGGUCCACGGUUUACUGAUUGGACAGGAAUUGAGCCUUUGCCUGUAGAUGCUGACUUAUUACCAAAAGUGAUUCCUGGCUACAAGGAACCUUUCAGGCUUCUUCCUUUUGGCACAAGACGCUCAUUGAGUAGCAUGGAAAUGACCAAUUUGCGAAGACUUGCAAGAAUAUUACCUCGUCAUUUUGCCAUAGGGAGAAACAAGCAACAUCAAGGAUUGGCUGCUGCUAUUGUGAAACUAUGGGAAAAAAGUGAAAUUGCCAAAAUUGCAAUCAAACGUGGUGUUUUAAAUACUAGCAACGAAAGAAUGGCUGAGGAAAUCAAGAGUCUUACUGGAGGCACCCUUCUCUCAAGAAAUAAAGAGUUCAUUGUCAUUUAUAGAGGAAAGGACUUUCUUUCUCCUACUGUUUCAGCUGCUUUAAUGGAGAAGGAAACAUUGGCAAGGGAACUUCAGGAUGAGGAAGAAAUGGCACGAUCAAAAGCAUCUUCAGUAAUUCUAAAUGGAUUUGAAGAGGCUGAAGUGGUACACAGUGUUGCUGGUACUUUGGCUGAAUCUUUAGAAGCCAAAUCUCAAUGGUCAAAGGACAUUGAUAGCAAAGAGCGUGAAAAGAUGAUAAUAGAGGCAGCUAAGGCUAGAAAGGGCGAUAUAGCUAGAAGGAUUGAGAGAAAGCUAGAGCUUACCCAGAAAAAGGUUGCUAAAGCGGAAAAGGAAUUGGCCAAAGUGGAGGCAUUUUUAUUGCCUGCCAAACCUUCAUCAGAUCAAGAGACAAUAACUGAUGAAGAGAGAUUCAUGUUCCGGAAGCUUGGCCUGAGAAUGGGUGCAUUCUUGCUUUUAGGGAGACGAGGAAUCUUUGAUGGUACAGUGGAAAACAUGCACUUGCAUUGGAAACAUAGAGAAUUAGUAAAAAUCAUAUCUAAGGAAAAGAGUCUAGCAGAGGUGAAAUAUACUGCACUUAUGUUGGAGGCUGAAAGUGGGGGAACAUUGGUGUCUGUUGAUAAAGUAAGCAAAGGUUAUGCAAUAAUAGUUUAUCGGGGUAAAAACUAUUGCCGUCCACCUGCAAUAAAGCCUAAGAACCUUUUAACCAAGAGAAGAGCAUUAAAGCAUUCAAUUGAACUCCAACGGCGUGAGUCAUUGAAUCGACAUAUGUUACAGCUGGAAAAGAAUAUGGAGGAGCUAAAAUUUGAACUCAGUAGAAUUGAUGAUAUCGAUGUGAACCAGAGCACUGCAGCUUUUACUACUGAACUAGAUUCUGCAUAUCUUUCAGAUGUGGAGAGUGAAGAUGAAGACAUAUAUGAUUACUCUUAUGACAGCUAUAGUGAAAAUAUUGUGUCUUCUGAGCUGCAAAGAGAUUCCCUUGACAAUCAAAGCACUGCAGCUUUCAGUGCAGAAUUUGACUCUGCAAAUCUUUCAGAAGGUUUAGAGGAUGAUAGAAGUUUGGCUUGGAGGGUGCAGGCUGUUGCAGUUGCACCAGGUCAAUUUGAUAGUCGAAAACCCCUGCCAUUAGGAUGGCGAGGACUUAGAGAUGAUGAGCUUACAGAGGUAGCUGGCAUUGAUGGUUGUGUGUUUGUCCACAGUAGUGGAUUUAUUGGUGGCAACAAGACAAUGGAUGGGGCAUUGGAAAUGGCUAGGAAAUCUUUAAGAAUACAAUGAUAUUGGCAAGUCUUUUUCAGUUCAAUUUGAGAAAUAUCCUUGAAGGUGUAUCCAUUUCCCAAAGUAACAGAUUGAAAUGAUUUUUUUAUCACCCCUUUCAUAAGGUGGUGAUAAUUCAUUUUUGCUCCUGCUAUCCACAACGAAUCAAAGCUUGCAAUGAUAGUGAAGGAGUUCUCCACAAUAUUGAUCAUUUUCUUAUUGAAGCUCACAAGAGAGUUCAUUACCAUAUUGUUUUCUUGAGGUGGCCUGGGGCUCACAUAAUUUGCCUCGACCCCCUUCCAGACUUUGUUACAUUUCCAUUCUCUUUGCGUUAUCUAUGUAGGAGAGUUUUGGUGGUUCUGAUUGCUUUAAACCUCAAGGAAUAGGUUUUUUGUUUAAGACUUAUGUAGUAUUAUCUUAGUUAAUAUAUAUGGUUUUGUGGUCAUGGGUGUUUAUGAUUUUUGAGGGCAUUUGUGAUUUUCAUGCAUUGUUAAUGCACAAUUUAGGUCCCAACUCAGAUAAAUGGUUUUUAUGGCAUCAAAAAAUGGAAAUGAUUCCUUGGAAUAGAGUCCAUACUUGAGGUAGCCUUGAGAUACUAACUGAGUCCAUGCUAUCUUCUUUCAAGAUUUGCGGCCAUCACAUAGACCAUCCUAGUUGCUACUUACAAGGUUAUUGUGUACAAAGGAUUGAUAUUGUUACUGUUGGAGGUAGGACUUGUCAGUUGGCCCAUUUUUUGAAUGCAAACAAUCGUAAGUAAAUUUAACA